CGAUUGCUCCAACUUGUGUCAGUCCGUCCCCAGCCACAGAGAGGAUAAUUGACAGCAGUGGAUUGACUGCCCCUGCCAGCGCGUCCUCUCGGAUACGCCGUGAAUCUGCAGGCAGGCACCCGGAUGUGGCGAAAAUGUUUGGCGCUCCUCUCAGGGUCUGCGCUCGGAAAACAUUUUAUGAUUCAGGUUAAAGGCUCUGUUCAGGUUUCGCGCCUUCGACACCUUCGGACGGUUUUUCCAACGAUGAGUUGGAUUUAAAACGGAUCUUUUCGAUGUGGAUUCGAGGAUGCAAGAAGCAGAUGAACAGUCUGAAGGGGCACAGUAUGCCAGCAACAGAAGGACCACUCCCCCAACUGACACCUCAGCUCCCUGGUCAGAAAGAAACACCCAUCUGCACCAGCUCCAUCCAUCACAGUCACUUCAUCCUCCAGCUAGCACCGGCAAGCCCGUCGGCUCCGCUCAUGGCCUCCUCGGGGCCAACAACUCCAUUCAGGGCCCCGGUGGAGCUGCCCCCGGAGUCAGCCCGGUCCUCGCUUGGCAUGCCGCCAUUAGCGCAGCCCGGCAAGCGCAGGGCGAUCCUGAAAAGCCCAACAUAAGUUCACGUCCCUCAGUUUGUACCACUUCUGCACCAGCUCCUGUGGGCUCACUGGCACAGAAGAAGAGGCAGCAGUAUGCCAAAAGCAAAAAGCAGGGAGGAUCCACCAGCGGCAGACCGCCCAGAGCCCUUUUCUGCCUCACCCUCAACAAUCCGAUCCGCAGAGCCUGCAUCAGCCUGGUGGAGUGGAAGCCCUUUGAUAUCUUUAUACUGCUGUCUAUUUUUGCCAACUGUGUGGCCUUAGCCAUCUACAUCCCCUUUCCUGGAGACGACUCCAACUCUACCAACCAAGAACUGGAGACAGUAGAAUAUGCCUUCCUCAUCAUUUUCACAAUAGAGACAUUUCUGAAGAUUAUUGCCUAUGGUCUGGUGAUGCACCAAAACUCCUACGUCAGAAACGGCUGGAACAUGCUGGACUUUGUCAUCGUCAUUGUGGGGUUGUUCAGUGUGGUUCUGGAGAUGAUAACCAAAGAUGCAGAUUCUGGUGGUCAGUCUGGAGGCAAACCUGGAGGGUUUGACGUCAAGGCCCUCCGAGCCUUUCGCGUGCUACGACCCCUUCGCCUUGUCUCUGGAGUUCCCAGUUUACAGGUGGUUUUAAAUUCCAUUAUUAAAGCCAUGGUUCCCUUGCUUCACAUCGCUCUGCUGGUCCUCUUUGUCAUUAUUAUCUAUGCCAUCAUCGGCCUGGAGCUUUUUAUUGGCAAAAUGCAUGCCACCUGUUACGUGACAGAAACAGGUGCCCUCGCAGAGGAAGAGCCGGCGCCAUGUGCAAUAUCAGGGCAUGGGCGGCAUUGCCUUCUCAAUGGUACAGUUUGCCGGGAGGGCUGGCAAGGCCCCAACAAUGGCAUCACCAACUUUGACAACUUUUUGUUUGCCAUGCUCACUGUGUUCCAGUGCAUCACCAUGGAAGGCUGGACUGACGUUCUCUACUGGAUGAAUGAUGCAAUGGGCUUUGAGCUGCCGUGGGUCUACUUUGUCAGCCUCGUCAUCUUUGGAUCCUUCUUUGUUCUUAACCUGGUUUUGGGUGUGCUGAGUGGAGAGUUCUCCAAAGAGCGCGAAAAGGCUAAGGCUCGAGGUGAUUUCCAGAAGCUGCGUGAGAAGCAGCAGUUAGAAGAAGACCUGAAGGGCUACCUGGACUGGAUCACCCAGGCAGAGGACAUCGACCCUGAGAACGAGGAGGAGGGAGAUGAGGAGGGCAAGCGUAACCGGGUCACGCUGGCUGACCUUACUGAGAAGAAGAAAGGAAAGUUUGGCUGGUUCACUCAGUCCACAGAGACACAGGCGAGCAUACCCACAAGUGAGACAGAAUCAGUGACCACAGACAAUCACAACGGAGAGGAAGACAAAUCACCAUGCUGUGGUCCGCUGUGUCAAAAAAUUACUAAAUCAAAGUGCAGCCGUCAGUGGCGUCGAUGGAACCGUUUCUGCCGCAGGAAGUGUCGUGCAGCUGUGAAAUCGGUGACCUUUUAUUGGCUCGUCAUCAUCUUGGUGUUCCUCAACACUCUUACCAUCUCCUCUGAGCACUACAACCAGCCGGACUGGCUGACUGAAGUACAGGAUGUUGCCAACAAAGUUCUUCUGGCCUUGUUCACCUUGGAGAUGCUGGUGAAAAUGUACAGCCUGGGGUUGCAGGCCUACUUUGUAUCCCUGUUUAACCGCUUUGACUGUUUCGUGGUGUGUGGUGGCAUCGUAGAGACCAUCCUGGUGGAGUUAGCGAUCAUGUCUCCUUUGGGCAUCUCUGUAUUGCGCUGCGUACGCCUCCUUAGAAUCUUCAAAGUCACACGUCACUGGGCGUCUCUCAGUAACCUGGUGGCCUCUCUCCUCAACUCCAUGAAGUCCAUCGCAUCCCUGUUGCUGCUGCUUUUCCUCUUCAUCAUUAUCUUUUCCCUGCUUGGCAUGCAGCUUUUUGGGGGAAAGUUCAACUUCGAUGAAACUGUGACUAAAAGAAGCACUUUCGAUAACUUCCCCCAGGCCCUUCUCACUGUUUUCCAGAUCUUGACAGGAGAAGACUGGAACACAGUAAUGUAUGAUGGCAUCAUGGCAUACGGUGGUCCUGCCUCCUCUGGAAUGGUCGUCUGCAUUUACUUCAUCAUCCUCUUCAUUUGUGGAAACUACAUCCUGCUAAACGUUUUCUUGGCCAUCGCCGUUGACAACCUGGCAGAUGCAGAGAGCCUCAACACAGCGCAGAAAGAGGAGGAAGAGGCGAAGAAGAGGAAGAAUAGUGCCAGGGAUGCAAGCGCUGAUAAGAAGAGAUGUGACAUAGCAGAAAGCAAAGAUGGCGAGACCAAGGUGCCGCUGGAGGGGUUGCAAGAGGAAAACAAAGAGUUGUAUCCUUCCAGUGACUCUCCAGUGUGUGAUGAUGGUACCGACAAUGACGAGCUCCCAGAAGUCCCGUCUGGGCCCCGGCCUCAGCGACUUUCUGAACUCACCAUCAAAGAAAAGAUUCCACCCAUCCCCGAAGGCAGCGCCUUCUUCAUUUUCAGCAGCACAAAUCCGUUUCGUGUAUUCUGCCAUAAGCUGAUCAACCAUCAGAUCUUCACCAACCUCAUCCUGGUCUUCAUCAUGCUCAGCUCUGUCUCGCUGGCUGCCGAAGACCCCAUCCGCAACUUCUCUGCUCGCAAUAUCAUACUUGGUUAUUUUGACUAUGCUUUCACCGCAAUCUUUACUGUUGAGAUCCUGUUGAAGAUCCUAGGCUAUGCAGACUAUGUCUUCACUAGUAUGUUUACAUUUGAGAUCUUUAUUAAGAUGACAGCAUUUGGAGCAUUCCUUCAUAAAGGGGCGUUCUGUAGAAACUACUUUAACCUAUUAGACCUGCUGGUCGUUGGUGUGUCUCUGGUGUCUUUCGGCAUUCAGUCGUCCGCUAUCUCAGUGGUGAAAAUUCUUCGUGUUUUGCGAGUUCUUCGUCCUCUCAGGGCCAUCAACAGAGCUAAGGGACUCAAGCACGUGGUCCAGUGUGUAUUUGUGGCCAUCAGGACCAUUGGCAACAUCAUGAUUGUCACCACUCUGCUGCAGUUUAUGUUCGCUUGUAUCGGAGUGCAACUUUUCAAGGGUAAAUUUUAUCGAUGCACAGAUGAUGCAAAGUCCAGCCCAGAUGAGUGCAAGGGUACAUAUAUUCUCUACAACAAUGGUGACACUGCGCUGCCCAUGGUGAAGGAGAGGAUCUGGUAUAACAGUGAAUUCAACUUUGACAACGUCCUCAUGGCCAUGAUGGCUCUUUUUACUGUUUCCACCUUUGAAGGAUGGCCCACUCUGCUGUACAAGGCCAUCGACUCCAACAGGGAGAACAUGGGCCCUAUCUACAACUACCGCAUCGAGAUCUCCAUCUUCUUCAUCAUCUACAUCAUCAUCAUUGCCUUCUUCAUGAUGAACAUCUUUGUUGGUUUUGUCAUCGUUACGUUCCAGGAGCAAGGGGAAAAGGAGUACAAGAACUGUGAGCUGGACAAAAAUCAGCGUCAGUGUGUCGAGUACGCUCUUAAAGCUCGCCCUCUUCGGCGCUACAUUCCCAAAAACCCCUACCAGUACAAGUUCUGGUAUGUGGUGAACUCCACCGGCUUCGAGUACGUCAUGUUUGUCCUAAUCAUCCUCAACACCUUAUGCCUGGCCAUCCAGCACCAUGGUCAGUCUCAUUUAUUUAACUAUGCCAUGGACAUCCUGAACAUGGUGUUCACUGGGGUUUUCACUGUAGAGAUGAUCCUCAAGCUGAUUGCCUUCAAGCCCAGAGGCUAUGUCGGGGACGCCUGGAACGUCUUCGAUGCUCUGGUGGUGAUUGGCAGUGUAGUCGACAUCAUACUCAGCCAGAACUAUUUUGCUGAUGCAUGGAACACGUUUGAUGCCUUAAUUGUUGUGGGUAGCGUGGUUGACAUUGCCAUCACUGAGAUCAAUUCGGCAGCCAUUCCUGUUGUCAAGGUGAUAGUGGAGCCAGGGAACACAGAGGACAGCGCUCGCAUCUCCAUCACCUUCUUCCGCUUGUUCAGGGUGAUGCGAUUGGUCAAACUGCUGAGCAGGGGUGAGGGAAUCAGGACUCUCCUGUGGACCUUCAUCAAGUCCUUCCAGGCUCUUCCCUAUGUUGCACUCCUGAUAGCCAUGCUGUUCUUCAUCUACGCUGUCAUUGGAAUGCAGGUGUUUGGGAAAAUAGCAAUGGUAGAUGGGACACAAAUCAACCGCAACAACAACUUUCAAACCUUUCCCCAAGCUGUCUUGAUGCUGUUCAGGUGUGCUACAGGCGAGGCCUGGCAGGAGAUCAUGCUGGCCUGCAUGCCAGGCAAGCUGUGCGAUCCAGAGUCAGAUUACAACCCUGGAGAGGAGAGGACCUGUGGCAGUGGCUUUGCCAUUAUCUACUUCAUCAGCUUCUACAUGCUCUGUGCUUUCCUGAUCAUAAACCUGUUUGUUGCUGUCAUCAUGGAUAAUUUUGACUAUCUGACCCGUGAUUGGUCCAUUCUCGGGCCGCACCACUUGGACGAGUUUAAAAGGAUCUGGUCAGAAUACGACCCAGAAGCUAAGGGCAGGAUAAAGCAUCUCGAUGUAGUAACUCUACUGAGGAGGAUCCAACCCCCGCUGGGCUUUGGGAAACUUUGCCCUCACAGAGUGGCCUGUAAGCGUCUGGUGGCAAUGAACAUGCCCCUGAACAGUGAUGGAACUGUAAUGUUUAAUGCCACCCUGUUUGCUUUGGUCCGCACUGCUCUCAAGAUUAAGACUGAGGGGAACCUGGAGCAAGCCAAUGAGGAGCUUAGAGCCGUGAUCAAAAAGAUCUGGAAGAGGACCAGUAUGAAGCUACUGGACCAAGUGGUGCCUCCUGCAGGCGAUGACGAGGUAACAGUGGGGAAGUUCUAUGCCACCUUCCUGAUACAGGACUACUUCAGAAAGUUCAAGAGGCGCAAGGAGCAAGGUCUUGUGGGAAGGCGCUCGUGGGAGAGGCUGAAUACCACCUUGGCUCUACAGGCUGGCUUGCGUACGCUGCAUGACAUUGGACCAGAAAUCCGUCGUGCCAUAUCAUGUGACCUGCAGGAGGAAGGACUAGUAGAUGAAAAUGCAGAGGAAGAGGAGGAAAUCUACAGACGUAAUGGCAGCCUUUUUGGGAACCAUGUCAACCACAUAGGUGGGGAUCAGCAAGCCUCUUCUCACCCCACCACCGUCACACAGCGUCCACUACAGAUCCUGCCCUUCUCCAGCGCUGCCUCAACCGAACCCCCACAAAUCGUCAGGAGAGCCAGCAGUAACGACAGGGAAGGAGAGACAGAACUGAACUCUUCACCCAUCCUGUACAAUCAACUUCAUCACACCACUCAUUACCCUCACUGUAAUUCCACUUGUGUUCAAUCGCCAAUACCUUCCAAUGCCAACCUCAACAAUGCCAACGUGCCCUCACUUCUCUCCAUGACCAUUGCGAGGCAGCAGAAGUGUUUAAGACGGAGUCGCCCGUCCUCCACCAGAAACGCAUCAUCAACAACUACUUACAGCAAAGGACUGCAAGGCAAGCCUUGGAAGUCGCACUCCACAAGGACACGCUACUAUGAGGCCUAUAUUAGGUCAGAGAGCAGCGGAGCACUUUAUCCCACCAUUCGUCGAGAGGAGAGGGCCAAUGGGGACAGCGAUGAAGAGAGAGGCUCGGGCGAGUACUUCAGUGGGGAGGAAUUUCAUGAAGAUGACAUCAUGCUCACAAAGGAAAGGUUGUCCAACAAUGAAUGCCAUGAUGACGCAGAGGGAGAUUUUGACCUUGUUUCCAGGGGUGACUGCCAGUCUGAAAGUUACUGUGACGAUGAUCAACGGCCAAUCUACCAGGACAGCAGGCCGUCACCCAGGAAAUGGUUUUUACCCUCACCUCAAGCCUCCAACAGACCAACAUUCAGCUUUGAGUGUCUUCGGAGAAGAAGUAGUGAAGAUGAUGCUCCUCCUUCUCCAUCAUGCACAGCUCUUCCACUACACCUGAUGCAGCAACAGGUGAUGGCGGUGGCCGGUCUCGACGCAAGCAAAAUUCACCGUCUUUCUCCCACAAGGUCUAUGCGCUCGUGGGCCACUCCUCCUGCCUCCCCAGUUAGCCGUGACUUCUCGCCCAGUUACACGCCACUCAUACAGGUGGAUUGGCGCAGUCCCGGCAGUGUGGCCAGCAUCCCUGGAGCAGUGAAGAGGAGUUCAUGGUACACAGAUAGUCAGGACGGCCCUCCCAGCCAAAGCCAUUCUCCGUCACGUCUGCAUUUACCUGCAGAGUGCUGCUCGCACUGCCUGCAAAAGAGAGGCAGUGCCAACAGUCUGGUGGAAGCUGUGCUGAUUUCUGAAGGUUUGGGGAAAUACGCCAGGGACCCUAAAUUUGUGUCAGCAACUAAACACGAGAUUGCAGACGCCUGCGAAAUGACCAUCGAUGAAAUGGAGAGUGCCGCCAGUAACCUGCUGAAUGGGACCAUGGGUAAUGGCAACACAGGGAGGAAAGAGAGCGUUGGCUCGGAUUCGCAUGCCAGUGCAAAUAUUAGGGACCACAGCAUCCGUGACUACAGCGAUGAGGAGCCAUAUGUGGCUGUGAAAUGUGAGGAGGACCUAACAGAUGAGAUGAUAUGCAUCACCUCACUAUAACAGCAGCUCACACUGGGAUAUAUUUAGGUUUUUUUCAAUUGAAUUUUUACUACUGUUCUACGGUGAGGGGACACCUCUAUUCAAGUGCAUCAUGCAAUAAUGAAAACGUGUAAAACACAGAUGGAUAAGAGAGCAAAGUGCCUUGUUUUCUCUUAAGAAAUGAUGAAGAAAUGGUUGGGUUUAUGGAAAAUGUUUGAUAAAUUUAGCAAACCAGAGGGAAUCAAAUCUGCCUGCCAACCAGUCUGACAUCUAGCGAAAAUUCAAACCUCUAAAUGGAGUUUUUCUUUAUUGUUACACCGGUUUCUUACAGCAGGAAAAACUCAAAUGUGGGUUUUCUAACACAGAUUUUAGGGAUCAUCGUAAUCAGCUUCAGUUCAAGGCGAUAAUGGGUCGGCCCAGCUGCAUUGUUCUAAAAUAAAUCUGUUUACUCGAUAUAUAAAGAGCCAAAAAAAACAAAGUGUUCAACGUUUCAAUCAUUUUUAGAUUGCAGUGCAUGAUUUUGUUUUUCCCACAGAAGCUGAUUUUAUUAAAACAAUUUUAGAAAAAUUUCCAAAGCAUUCAACUAACUUAUGUUCCAGUUUAGAUGUCUGAAAAAACAAAACACCAACGCCAGGUCAGCGUAUGGUUGUCCAGUCAUUCCAAGCUUCCCUGUAUUUCGUUGCCAGAUCCAUGUAUAUAAAUAAUGUGUGACUUUAACCUUUUAUUGGUCAUGUUAGCAAACACUGGUUGUUCGCAUUACAUUAUUUUACCUUCGUGACUCGAUUUCGAGUAAAAACAACAAAAACAAAAAACUUGACAGAAACAGUUUUUUUUCGUGGUAGUCUUGAUCACUUAAACUUCUCUGGGUCACAGUUCAGGAUUUCAGGGCUAAGCUUGGCUAUGUCUCUGUUUUUGACUUGAAAAGGAAAUCACAUAUCAGUAGGAAAAAAACAACAACAAGUCUUUGUCCUCAGGCAUAUCCUCCUUCUACACGUAAUCGCGGAGACAUUCUCUUAGUCCUCCCUUUACACCAACAGCAGUGCUACAUUCAAGGAGUUUGGUCAAGCUACACGCCCUUAAAAUAAAGGAAUAUUAGGAUGCUGUGCGUCACUCACUGGCCGUGAUGAUCCUUAACUUUGAAGACUGGGAUUUCCUUGUUAAGCCCUUUACUCAGAUAUGCAAUGGUGUAGAUUACUAUGAAUCACUAUUCCCCCUGAAUCACUCUGAGAUCAGCAACAGUAGAUGAUCUCUGAGGUUUCUGUGUGAUGUGGCUCAAUAGACUCAUGAGUCUCUUAUGUAAAACUAGUGCAUGAGACCCAGACUACUCAUGUUUUAAAACUAAUUACUUGUUGACAGCAUGAACUUAUCUUUGACAGUUCUUGAAGGUGAAACAAAAAUAAAAACAAAGACCACCGGAGUUUCUUUGUGUCACAGAUGACACAUCAAGUAAACCUUUUAUUCCCUCCACAGCUUCUUCUUCAGUUCCCAUAAGUCUCUCCAGCCGAGCUGCCGGGAAGUAGAAAAUCCUGUCAAGCGUGCUUGUUUUUGCAAUGGAAUGAAUAAGACCAUACAGGUCUCUACAUAAGGGGCGACUAUUUACUGGAUUGCCUGACAAUAUGCUAUGUCAGUAUAUUUGCUCUUGUAAUGAAAUGACUGCUGUUGCCUUUUAUCUGUUGGAGUUGUUUUUGUCAAGACAAAGAGCACAACUGGGGGGAAAAAGUAGUAAAGCGUUUCUGCACCACUAAUGGGUGUUUGUCUCCCACUGCCAACUAUAAUAACCUUCAGAUUAAUUUAAACAAAAAAACAACACACUGAGUCAUGGCUAGGCAAUCUUUCAUUUUUUCUUAUUCUAAAUACUGCUGUAAGGGCAAUCUGUUCUGUACAAUCAAAGGGCUCCUUUAAAACCAAAACAAGGGAAUGCUUGGUUACAUUGUAACCCUUGUUCUCUGAGUGUAGAGACUCUCUCCACCCUACUACGUAUUCCAUUUAUGAGUUGGAGAGAUAGUCUGGACAUAAUAGAGAACACUCCAUACUCAGAUGCGUCAAAUGUUUUUUGUUACCAAAAUUACUGAAGUUUAUUUAUUUAUUUAUUGUGACUAAAAGUUGACUAAAGGGUCUAAAUCUGGUGCCGGUAUUUGCUAUUGGACAUUCUGAUGAUGUAGAUAUACAGAUGUACAAGCAGGAUACAAGCUGCUAUCUGGACUAUUGUUCAGAUGGACUGCAAAUGCACUCUUUCCUCUUCACGCUAGAAGAGCCUCAUACAGGUUUAAGUGGCCAAUACAGCUGAUAAAUGAGACAUAUGCAUUUUUUAACUGCAAGUAAAUUGUUUUUAAUGUAGACUUUGAAAAAAAAUCUUAUUACCUCUGUAACUCUCCGGGCCUGUUGGUUAACAUGUCAGGGAAACUCUGGUAACGCUGCAUUUGCACAAAAGUAGUAAUCGUAAACAUUUAUGUGUGAUUUUUUUUCUUUAUUGGCAGCGAUCGUGAUUGGUUGUCCAAAAGUCCAUAGUAAUGAAUGAUGAACCACCAAAUCUUUAGUAAAAAUCAGUGUUUGAUUGACACGAGAUCUACUGCCAAACUGAAAUGUUUGUACCACCCAACAUUACAAAGAUUAAAGAGAAGUACCAAAUUCAACACUGGUUUGAUUUUCAGGAAGCCAUAAAAACUCUGAGGUGAACAUGCUGGCUUCUAUGUGAGACUUUCGUUUUUUAUUGAAAACCACCCAACCCCACUCCCCAAGGCAUUCGGCUAUGCUUUGAAUCACUUACGUCAGCUUCUUGACAGGAAGCCACCUGCUUAGGAAUAUAAUCUGUCAAAAGUGCACGACUCCAAACAGUUCAGAUUUACCCUGCGGCUCACAUGCGAGAAACUCGAAACAACAACAGUCAUGUGGAGAUUAUUACCAUACGAUUAUCACAUGAGAUCGAAUGACAAGGACUGCAAAGCUUUGUUUUGCAACGCAGCUUUAUUUUUUUGUACUGUUCCACUGCUUUACAGAUGUCUAUAAAGUGAAAAUGAUGUAUAAAAUCUGUACAGCAUUUGUAAAAAGUAUGCGAUUAACUUGAAGAUCUCUGCUUUCUACCCAGUUGUGUGAACAUUUAAAAAAAAAAAAGCAAACAAGAAUAGCUCUAUCUCUACUUUGUAGCAUAAGUACUAGUACCUUAUAAGUUUUGUACCAAUAAAAAGAGAAGCCCUUUUUUGCACAUUUGAAGUUUUGCCUGGAAUGACAAUGAACCUGCUGAUUUUUUUGUAACGACCACUGAAUAAAGACACAAGAACAAGGUCAGGAGGCUUUGUUUAGCGUCAGCACAGAAAAACAACAGAAAGGCUUUGA